AAACCAAGAUGUGUGCAUGGAAAAUGUAACUAAAGAAGCUGUAGAGCGUUGGGGUCGGUGCUCGGGCUUGGAUAGGGACCCUCAGAGGAGGGCUGCUGCCGAGGCAUUGGAAUCAGAUCUGACAUGCUCGGCAGUGUCCAAUUGCCGAAUCAAUUCAGCAGAUCACCAGAAAGGAAAUACUCUUCAAACAAAGUAGCAUCUUCCCUGAAGAGGGUAGUAGAAGUACGAGAUGAGGAGGUGGACACCCUCUUGAAAGGGUUCGCAGCACUCUUCUGUAUCCUGGGUUCCUACUUUCUGCUUCUUCCAAUCAGAGAUGAGGCAGGCGUCUCUCUAGGGACAAAGCCGUGCAUCAACUGUACCGGCUCCUGGCACUCUCUCUGCUGGGCUUUUACCUGGCAUACCAGGCAACGCCAAUACACACUGUGCCUGACGGUCAUGGACUACCAGCGGGUUGUGAGGGCGGCGUUUUUCCUGUGGGUGUCGGUGGUGAAUCUGGUGGGCCUGUCCACGAUGUGGGCGCGGAUGGCGGACGUGUUUGGGAGGCAGCUGGUGGGCUCACUGCUGGCCACAGCCUGGGCGAGCGCGCUGAGGACCAGCGGCAGUAGAGGCCAGAUUGUGGCGCCCAUGCUGCUGUCGGCCGCCGCGCUGGAGAUUGCCGGCCGCAUUGCAUCGCGACUGCGACGGCUGAGCCCCGUGCUGCCGAGCCCCGGCAAGAGCCGCUCCCCACUGGGGCAGACUCGGCAGGGGCAGGCCCUGAGAGCGCAGGUCUGGCACAGCUUUGUGCGGCUGUGGGAGGGGUUCCGGUGCAUCGCUGCAUCGCGCUACCUGACCCACCUCAGCGCAUACAUCGUGUUCACAACAGUCAUCGCCUCCCUCAUGUACUUUGAGAAGUCCAUGGUGGUGGCUUCUGCGGCUGGCGAUGCAGCCUCGCGCAUGGCGCUGUUUGGGUCCAUCAAUUCUGCCUCGGCCUUUGUGAUAGCGCUGCUGCAGCUUGCGGCCACCGGGCGGCUGCUGAAGCUGUUGGGGCUGGCCACAGCGCUCACUGUCAGCCCUGCAUUUGCAGCCGCCCUGAUGCUUGCCAUCGCUGUGUGGCCAACGCCCCUCGUAGUGGCUUCAGGAGAGGUGGUUGGGUAUGCCCUGGCGCGGCCGGCGAGGGAGGUGCUCUUCACGGUGGUGCCUCGGGAGGAGAUGUACAAGGCCAAGAUCUGCAUUGACACCCUCGUUGUCAGGGGCGGCGACAUGUUGGCUGCCGGCCUGUUCCAUUUCCUUGAUGGCUACUAUCACCUUGGGCCCUCUGGAUGUGCAGCAGCCGCAUUCCCCAUUUGCUUGGGCUGCUGUGUCCUUGCUUUCACCCUGGGGCGCAAGCAAGAGGCACUGGCAAGACCCCAGGCAGUGUGA